AUGUCGCAUAUCCAGGAUCUGGAGAAGAACCCCGUGGGUUCGGGCGUUGGCAGUGUCCCUUCAUCGGAGAACUACGCCUACGAAGACGCUGCCGUCCCAGGGGAAAGCUUUGAAUAUGGCGAUGGUUACUAUGCCAAGAUGCAGCGCCUGGCCGGCAAAUUCAACAUCGAGCAGCGUGGUAUUGAGCGCGUGCCCGAGAACGAGAGAACCGACACUGGUGUCAAGGGCUUAUUGAACGUCAUGACAAUGUGGCUCUCAGCAAACAUGGUCGUUUCAUCGUUCGCCAUUGGUAUCCUCGGACCCUCAUUAUUCGAAACUGGCUUCGCCGAUGGUAUUCUGUGUAUUCUCUUCUUCAACAUCAUUGGUAUUAUCCCGGUGUCGUUCUUCUCUGCCUUGGGUCCUCAGUUUGGUCUUCGCCAGAUGGUCCUUUCGAGAUUCUGGUUCGGAUGGUGGGGCGUGAAGCUCAUCGCCAUUUUCAACGUGAUUGCUUGCAUUGGUUGGUCUUCCGUCAACUCGAUCGUUGGUGCUCAGCUCCUCAACACCGUCAACGAUGAUGUUCCUGGAUGGGCUGGUAUCCUGAUCAUUGCUUUCUGCACCUUCGCCAUCACCCUCUUUGGUUACAAGAUCGUGCACGUUUACGAGUUCUGGUCAUGGAUCCCCACCUUCAUCGUUUUCCUGAUCACCAUUGGUGUCUUUGCAAAAACCGGCGACUUCUACAACAUCCCCUGGAAAACCGGCCAGUCCGAGUUGGGUGCUGUGCUUUCUUUCGGAUCGACGGUUUACGGCUUUGCCACUGGCUGGACUUCGUACGCUGCUGAUUACACCGUCUACCAGCCCAGCACUCAGAAGCGCUGGAAGGUCUUCCUCUUCACUUUCGUCGGUCUGCUCUUCCCUCUUCUGUUCACUCAGAUGCUCGGUUUGGCUGUCAUGACUGCAACCACGAUCAACGGCGGAAACAACAUCUACCAGGCCGGCUACGAAAAGUCAAGCACUGGUGGUCUCCUCGGUGCUGUUUUGGUCACUCACCUUGGCGGAUUUGGAAAGUUCUGCCUUGUCAUUCUCGCUCUUUCCAUCAUCGCCAACAACUGCCCCAACAUUUACUCGGUCGGUCUUACCGUCCAGGUCUUUGGCAAGUGGAUCCAGCGCCUUCCUCGCUUUGUCCUCACUGCCAUUGCCACUGGUGCAUACAUUGCUAUUGCCAUCCCCGGAUACAGCCACUUCGAAGCUGUACUCGAGAACUUCAUGAACUUCAUCGGAUACUGGCUCGCCAUCUACACCGGUGUUGCAUUCGCAGAUCACUUUGUCUUCAAGAGAUCUCUUGACGCUUACAUCAUCUCCAACUACGACAAGCCCAAGAACCUUGCCAUCGGCAUUGCCGCAGUCUUUGCUUUCUGCUUCGGUGUCGCUGGUAUGGUUUGUGGUAUGUCGCAGACCUGGUUCGUCGGCCCCAUUGCUCUUCACGCUGGCGAAGCUCCUUUCGGUGGUGAUGUUGGCAGUGCGCUCGGCUUUGCCUUUGGCUUCACAUCAUAUCUGUUCUUGAGACCUCUUGAGCUCAAGUUCAUUGGCAGGUAG